GACACACAACACACAUCCAUACCCCUCCAAACACAACAAUGAAAGACCGCCACGGCUGGGACGGGAAACUCCGCGUCGGCGGCGCCGCCGCCGUCGACGAGCAGCAGCCCCCCAAAGAAGCCAUCAUCACCAACCCCGAAGCUCUCGAAGAUCCCGAUUACUCCGACUCGGAUGCGCCGCCCGUGGAGGAGAUCCAGGCUGAUGAAGAUUUGUUAGAAGAUGAGGAUGUGGAUACCGAGGAGAUCGAUUUGGUACAUUGUCGGAUAACUUCGCUGCCGGCGUUGAAGUUGGAGCGGUUUGAGAAGGUUAAGAGAAUAUGCCUCCGCCAGAACCAGAUCUCGCGCAUCGACUUCCCGACCCCCGUCGCCAAAUCGCUGACCGAACUCGACCUCUACGACAACCUGAUCUCCCACAUCAAAGGGCUGGACGAGUUCGAGAACCUGACGAGUCUGGAUCUGAGCUUCAACAAGAUCAAGCACAUCAAGAACGUCGCGCACCUGGUCAAGCUGACGGAUCUGUACUUCGUGCAGAACAAGAUCUCCAAGAUCGAGGCGCUGGAGGGGUUGACGGUCCUGCGGAAUUUGGAGCUGGGGGCGAAUCGGAUUCGGGAGAUUGAGAAUCUGGAGACACUACAAGCAUUGGAGGAACUGUGGUUGGGAAAGAAUAAGAUUACAGAGUUGAAGAACCUCGACGCCCUGCAAAACCUCCGGAUCCUCUCCAUCCAAUCGAACCGCCUCACCCGCAUCAGCGGGCUGUCCGCGCUCCACAACCUCGAGGAGCUCUACCUCUCGCACAACGCGAUCACGGAGCUCGGCGGGCUCGAGGACAACCGGGCGCUGCGGGUGCUGGACUUCUCCAACAACCAGGUCUCCAAGCUGGAGAACCUGGCGCACCUGACGAACUUGGAGGAGCUGUGGGCGUCGAACAACCAGCUGGCCAGCUUCGACGAGGUGGAGCGCGAGCUGCGCGACAAGGAGCAGCUGAAGACGGUGUACUUCGAGGGGAACCCGCUGCAGAUGCGGGCGCCGGCCCUGUAUCGCAACAAGGUGCGGUUGGCGAUCCCGCACAUCAUGCAGGUGGACGCAACGUAUAUGCGCGUUGCAUGAUGUCCAGGAAUGUCCAGGAAUGUAGGGGGGGGGAAGAGUAUGAGUAUACGAACAGGUCGAGAUAUCUGCUCGCAACCCAGGAACCACUGGAAUAGAUAAUAAUCUUCUUGAUCCAAACACGUGACUCGCGCCCUGAAUCCUGAGAAUAAGGCUAUGAUAUACGAUAUGCAUAUACC